UGGGAGGGAGUGUGUGCGCGCGUGCAACUCCACUCCGGGGCUUUGUGCGAGCCCGGGCGAUAGCAUCGGCGGCGGCUGGAGGAGGAGGAGGAGGAGGAGGAGGAGGAGGAGCGGCCGGAGACGGCGUGCCAAGCCCGCCCGGCAGCCGGGGCAGGUGGGAAGCCCGCGCGGGAGAGGAGCCGCCGCGAGCCGGAGCCUCCGCAGCCGAGUCCGAGCGGAGCCCGGGGCGGAGCCCAGGAGGAACCUCAGCUCCCGGGCUGGCCCCCGUGGGCGGCGGGCGAGGCGGGGCGGGCGCCGGCGGGGCGGCCCCCCAGUAAGAUGUGCGCGGCGCCGCGGGGCGCCCCCCACUCGCAGAGGCGCUCGGGAGCCGGGCGGCUGGGCCAGGCGGCGCCUCGGGGGCUGCUGCGCGCCCGCGCCUAGAGCUGCCGCCCCAGGGAGCCCGCCACGGCCGCGCCCCGGGCACGCUCGGUGGCGCCCAACGAUGACCGCUCCCUGGCGGCGCCUCCGGAGUCUGGUUUGGGAAUACUGGGCCGGGCUCCUCGUGUGCGCCUUCUGGAUCCCAGACUCGCGCGGGAUGCCCCACGUCAUCCGGAUCGGAGGAAUCUUUGAGUAUGCAGACGGCCCCAACGCCCAGGUCAUGAACGCCGAGGAGCAUGCCUUUCGAUUUUCUGCCAACAUCAUCAACAGGAACAGGACUCUGCUGCCCAACACGACUCUCACUUAUGACAUCCAGAGGAUUCACUUCCAUGACAGCUUUGAGGCCACCAAGAAGGCCUGUGACCAGUUGGCGCUGGGCGUAGUAGCCAUCUUUGGGCCAUCCCAGGGCUCCUGCACCAAUGCUGUCCAGUCCAUCUGCAACGCCUUGGAGGUGCCCCACAUCCAACUGCGCUGGAAGCACCACCCCCUGGACAACAAAGACACCUUCUACGUGAACCUCUACCCUGACUACGCCUCCCUCAGCCACGCCAUCCUCGACUUGGUCCAGUCCCUCAAGUGGCGGUCAGCCACGGUGGUCUACGAUGACAGUACAGGUCUCAUCCGGCUGCAGGAACUCAUCAUGGCCCCCUCCAGGUACAACAUCCGCCUGAAGAUUCGCCAGCUCCCCAUCGACUCGGAUGACUCGAGGCCCUUGCUCAAGGAGAUGAAGCGGGGCCGGGAGUUCCGCAUCAUCUUCGACUGCAGCCACACCAUGGCAGCCCAGAUCCUCAAGCAGGCCAUGGCCAUGGGCAUGAUGACGGAAUACUACCACUUUAUCUUCACCACUCUGGAUCUCUAUGCACUAGACUUGGAGCCCUACCGCUACUCGGGGGUGAACCUGACUGGGUUCCGCAUACUCAAUGUGGACAAUCCCCAUGUCUCAGCCAUUGUGGAGAAGUGGUCCAUGGAACGGCUACAGGCAGCUCCCCGGGCAGAGUCAGGCCUGUUGGAUGGAGUGAUGAUGACUGAUGCAGCCCUGCUCUACGAUGCCGUCCACAUCGUGUCCGUGUGCUACCAGCGAGCGCCGCAGAUGACCGUGAACUCCCUGCAGUGCCACCGGCACAAGGCCUGGCGUUUUGGCGGCCGCUUCAUGAACUUCAUCAAGGAGGCUCAAUGGGAAGGAUUAACGGGGCGGAUUGUUUUCAACAAAACCAGUGGCUUGCGGACUGAUUUUGAUCUGGACAUCAUCAGCCUGAAGGAGGAUGGCCUGGAGAAGGUUGGGGUGUGGAGUCCAGCGGAUGGUCUCAACAUCACUGAGGUUGCCAAAGGCCGAGGUCCUAAUGUCACUGACUCUCUGACCAACAGGUCGUUGAUAGUCACCACUGUGCUGGAGGAGCCUUUUGUCAUGUUCCGAAAAUCUGACAGGACCCUUUAUGGCAAUGACCGGUUUGAGGGCUACUGCAUCGACUUGCUCAAGGAGCUGGCGCACAUCCUGGGCUUCUCCUAUGAAAUACGGCUGGUGGAAGAUGGCAAGUACGGGGCACAGGACGACAAGGGCCAGUGGAACGGCAUGGUCAAGGAGCUCAUUGACCACAAAGCGGAUCUGGCUGUGGCUCCCCUGACCAUCACUCACGUCCGAGAGAAGGCCAUCGACUUCUCUAAGCCUUUUAUGACCCUCGGAGUGAGCAUCUUAUAUCGCAAGCCCAAUGGCACCAACCCCAGUGUCUUCUCCUUCCUCAACCCACUUUCUCCAGACAUCUGGAUGUACGUGCUGCUCGCCUACCUGGGUGUCAGCUGUGUCCUCUUUGUCAUUGCCAGAUUCAGCCCUUAUGAGUGGUAUGAUGCCCACCCCUGCAACCCCGGCUCCGAGGUGGUGGAGAAUAACUUCACGCUGCUCAACAGCUUCUGGUUUGGAAUGGGUUCCCUGAUGCAACAAGGAUCUGAACUGAUGCCCAAAGCUCUGUCUACUCGGAUCAUUGGCGGCAUCUGGUGGUUCUUCACACUCAUCAUCAUCUCCUCCUACACGGCCAACCUGGCUGCCUUCCUGACCGUGGAGCGCAUGGAAUCUCCCAUCGACUCCGCUGAUGACCUGGCCAAACAGACCAAGAUAGAGUAUGGUGCUGUCAAGGAUGGGGCCACCAUGACCUUCUUCAAGAAAUCCAAGAUCUCUACCUUUGAGAAGAUGUGGGCCUUCAUGAGCAGCAAGCCCUCGGCGCUGGUGAAGAACAACGAGGAGGGCAUCCAGCGGACGCUCACAGCCGACUACGCUCUGCUCAUGGAGUCCACUACCAUAGAGUACAUUACACAAAGGAACUGCAACCUCACCCAGAUCGGGGGCCUCAUCGACUCCAAGGGCUAUGGCAUCGGCACGCCCAUGGGCUCCCCCUACCGGGACAAAAUCACCAUCGCCAUUCUACAGCUGCAGGAGGAAGACAAGCUGCACAUCAUGAAGGAGAAGUGGUGGCGAGGCAGCGGGUGCCCCGAGGAGGAGAACAAGGAGGCCAGCGCCCUGGGCAUCCAGAAGAUUGGUGGCAUCUUCAUCGUCCUGGCCGCCGGCUUAGUACUGUCCGUGUUGGUGGCAGUGGGCGAAUUUAUAUACAAACUCCGCAAGACAGCGGAGCGGGAGCAGCGCUCCUUCUGCAGCACAGUGGCUGAUGAGAUCCGCUUCUCCCUCACCUGCCAACGCCGUCUCAAGCACAAGCCACAGCCUCCUAUGAUGGUCAAGACGGAUGCGGUCAUCAACAUGCACACCUUUAACGACCGAAGGCUCCCAGGCAAGGACAGCAUGAGCUGCAGCACCUCGCUCGCCCCUGUCUUCCCCUAGACACGGGUACAGCGGGGACUUCAGGCCCGGUCCACGCAGAGGAAGGCAAAGGAGACCCGAAGGGACAUCCUCAUCUCAUGCUGGCCUUGGGGGUGGAGCUGCUGCCCAAAUCCAGCCGUGAACCCUCAGCUCUUAUCUACCAGGAAACCCGUGGGCCCCCAGGGCCAGCUGCUUGGGCUUCAUCUCCUCUUGUCUUUUCUAUGGCUUUCUGAAGCUGUGAAGGCCAGCGGAAGCACAUGCCUCUCAGGCUCCACCCACCACUCCUCUCUUCUCCAUAGCCGGGUAUUUCUGCCAUGGCUCUGCACAGGCCUCAGAAUACAGAAGAUGGCUCUUAUACCCCCUCCUUUCCCUCAAGCCCAGGACUUCUAGCACGCAGCCUCAAGAGCAGAGAUUCCAACUUUGAACCUUUUAAGGAUGUUCUAACGAGGCUGCCAGAGUGAGCCCAAAGGCAGCCAUCCCUACGUGGGCAGAAGCAAAGCUUCAGCCCUUAAGAGCUAUUCACCUGGGUCUGGUCUUCUUAACUUGGCUUUGCCCACAGCAGCAGCAGUCCCCUGGAGACAUGAAAAGCAGCGUGGACAGGAGGGGUGAGGACAGCGUGGGAGAGGAGAACACACAGACGGAGGCUGCAGUCUCAGAUGCUUGAGGUCAGUGUCCCAAGACGCCAGUGUGUAGAAAGUCUCCAGGAAUGUGAAUGAGGUAGCAACCACAGAAAAUUCUUCUCCACUUCUGCACAAAGAAGCCUCCCCCCCCUCACAAGGAACGUCCAAAGACUCAAUUGACAUUGGAAGGCCAGCGGAAGAACUACAGAUUCUAUCAAAAUCCAACAGGCCCUUGAACCAGAAGACCACCUUUGCUGGUAAAUAAGCCAGCAUUCAGGACCCUGGGUUCUCCAAUCUCAUUGGCAAUUGAUUCCCUGUCCCUGACCAUUUGAAUUUGACCUCCCUCUGCCAUCCUGAAAAGAGAAGAGCAGCCUCAACUGAAGUGCGAGCCAAGUCAUACCUCCUCAAAAGAGGGGUCGGUGUCCCCCUGCACAGACUAACUUUGGGGUAGAUGGGAGAAGCCAGGGGGGACCCAAAGAACCCUCUAGAGAAAGAAAGCUUUCAGGAGUGGGAUGUGAGACCUCUGGAGGCCCCCCUAGAAUAGGGAAGGAGAAGCUGCCUCCUGGAAAAUUAACCAAAGACCCAACACAGAGACACAAGGCCACCCUGGCCCCUGUCUCUUAUCUGGAGCAGCUAUGGUCUUAGGGUACUGGCAGGGAGGAACCCUAGAGGAGAAACCAGGGAGGAGACAGCCAAGGGGUUGUGAGCAGAUGGCCUGUGUUUCCAUCUCUGGAGAUUUAAAGUCGUAGGAAAGAUUCAGAUGUGAGGGGUUAGGCAAAAAGUGUCCUUACAGAGAGUGUGACAGGGCCAUGAGGGCCCUCACAGCUAAGGGUAGAAGCCAGUCUCCGAGCAGGGACCAGGAUGGGCGAUAUGGGUUGAGAACUGAGAACUGGGGACACCAGUCAUCCACACUCACUUUAUCCUGGUGCUGCUGGGCAUGGGCAAGCUUGGAAGAGCUACAUCCAGAUCCCAAGUCCUCUCAGCAGAGGUGAAGGAACCCCUUCAGCCAAGCUGUCCCCUCCCCCGAUGGGCACAUGUGACUAAUCCCGUCAUGCUGGUUCUCAGGAGCUCUGUCUGUCUGUCUGCACUGAAGGAAGUAAGAGAGGGAUGACCCACAGCCAAGGCCAGUGCAUGCAAUGAUAGGAAAAGCCAUGCUGGCAGGAGGGGGGAGCAUGCUAUGUCUGUGUGUUUGACUUUGUGUGUGUGAGUUUUGGAGGCUGGAUUAAGGAGAGAUAUGGGUAUAUAAGAUAGUCAAUAGCAGGCAAUAAUAGGGGCCUCCUUUGGGCCCUCGGUGGUGUGUGUGUGUGUGUGUGUGUGUGUGUGUGUGUGUGUGUGUGUGUGUAAUGAGUGAAAUGGAGAGGAAGGAGCUCAAUCAGGACCAGCAACAGAGCCUCAUCUAUGUAAAAACAGGAGAAGCCAUGUUGAGAUGGGGUUCUGGUGAGUACAUGUAUGGAUGCAAGCAUGUGUCCCUGUGUGUGCGUGUGUGUGUGUGUGUGUGUGUGUGUGUGUGUGUGUGUGUUUAUGUGUGUGUACUGAAUAGCAGAGGAUGGGUUACAGAGCAGGAUACAACCUGCAGCAUAGCCAAAUACUUAAAAAAGGAGAAGCCAUGUCAUCAGAGGUCCUUGUGUGAGCGUGUGUAUGUGCACGCACACGCUGAUGUGCAGGCUUGUGUGGCCUGAAGGCAGCAGAGGAGGGUGGACCAGAUUGCUGUGCCCCAUGGAGGAUGCGUGCUGUGCAUGAGGAGUGGUGAAAAUGGAGUGUGAGUGAGUGUGUGUGAGAGAGGACAGGAAAGAGAAAGAGUGAGUGUAUAUGUGUGUGCUGAGAGCAUACUCAUACCCGUGUAUGUGCAGACAUGUAUCUGAGUUCCGGUUCGCAUCCUGAGUUGAAGCAGCAGGGCAAGCAGGGAGGCAGGAUAGCAGGGUUUGUUUGCAUGCCUGUUAUGGGAGGGAUGCUUUGCCACAGCUUUCCUGAGGCUCCGUGGGACGAUGCACAGACACACAGCCUCCUUAGGCUCACAACUGGUGAUGCCUUCUCCUCUGCUGUUCACAGAGUGUCCUGUUGGGAGGGAAAAAAACAUUCCUUUUCUUUCUUUCUUUUCCUUUUUUUUUUAAUCAACCCUGCUGACAGGUUUCGAGUGAAACCAUUCUCCAAUCUGUUCUCAUCCACUGUAGUCACUAACCGCUGUCUUAUGUUGUCUGGUACGGUUUUCUAACACACACCCACAUCCGUGUUCAUAUCACACAUGUGCUUUUGUGCAUGACACUGCAGGAGUGUCAUGUUCUUCUGAGGCUAUGCACAUAUGUAGACUGUGAUGGGAGAAGGAAUGGGACAUGGUUAGUGGGAAGGAUGUUUCUAAAGGUAAUGAACGCUGGGUGAAGGCACCGGGAUGGUUUAUAGACUCAUUCGAGGCAGAGGGCUGGCCCUGCUGUAGGAUCUCCCGUUCCAAUUGAGCCUUAUGUUCAGAAGCGUGGCUAAUGCUGGCCCUCUUGCGGAAGUCCUGUGUUUGUCCUAGAGACCGGCCCAGUGCGAAGCACCCUGGAGGCCACCCUUCCCGGCUGAGCUGUGUCUUUCCUGGGGUAGGGAAAGGACUAAAGAGGGAGGCAGCUCAUUCAAGUGGAAACCUGUCCUAAUUCCCUGAGGGGUGUGCAGAGCUGGGGCCAGAGCACACAGAGGCACUGAGAGGCGAUGGGAAUCACAAAGGCUGGUUUGGAUGGAGGAGAUAAGGCAUGCCUGAGCAGGUGCCUGGCUGGCUGGCUCUGUCUGACUCUAUGGGCCAGCCCCGGAGGGAAGAGCACCUCAUGCCAUCAUGUCUGGGUCUAAGCUCCACCUGCAAAUAACGAGCCCAAAGGAAGGGCAGCACCCACCCUGUCCAGGCUCUGGGGGGCUUUUGCCAUGGCCUCCUUCUGCCUCUAUCCUGGCCUGCGUGUGGGUUCUCUGCUGUGGACAGAUGAUGAAAGCUGAGCACUCUGGGUGCUCAGGUGGCUCUUGUCUGCAGAUGUCUUACAAGAGGGAACAUGUGGUAUUGGCGGGCAAGUUGGGCUAAGAAUCACUGAGGUAGGAGACGCCCCUCCUCAGCCUGGACUGUGGCUCAGCUGGAAGAGCAUUUUCUGGGUUCUGUCCUUAUAGCAUGCAAUGGGGGAGGGGCAAACAGACAAAACGUCUCCUUGAGAGAGCAGAAGUCAGACCAGGCCCCCGUUCACUAAGAACCGUCUGUCCCUUCAGACCCACCUUCUUCUGUGGUCCAGGGAGAGCUAAAGGUGCACCUGCUGCUGCUGCUUCAUGCCACACGA